UGCGUCGGAGAGAGUAAUUUCCCCCAACUUUUCCCUGCACGACCCCAACUGCACGUGCAUGCUUCUGCAAAAGCAUCCCACCCCCUAUUUUUCUUCCUUUCCUGCACCAGAGUCGACCCAAGUGUGCUUUUAUUUGGCUUCCGUCAGUUGUGGCUUAUUUAUUUUGUGGGCAUUGCAGUUCAUGUUUGCAUAAACUUUUUUUUUUUUUGUGCUCUCUUGCUGUGGGAGAGCUUCUGUGAGACGUAUUUUAUUGUGCAGUUAUUUAUUCUGGUGAAUUUCCGGCUUAGGCAUACACUACCUGAUCCCUUUUUUAUUGGGAAGGACAAGGAAACUGGAUAAUUUUCUUUGUUUUCCAGAGUAGAAAGAGACUUCUGUGACCGUUUAAUAAUCCUUGGCUCCCCAUAAAUUCACCCCUCUCCCAAGUCCUAGCAGUUCCCUUGAUCCUGUGUCUCUCCUAACAAUCACUUCCUUUUAAUCUCAGACACGGGUUUUAUUUUCUAUUUUUCAUAGAGAGAGAGGCCCUUCCCUUCUGUCUCUCUCCCCCCCCCCCCAGUUUAUUUUAUUCUUCACUCAUGCUUCAUGUAGCAGGUUUUUUUGGUCCAGCAAGGGCUUGGUCUCUUUACACCAUUGCUUGUAGGAAGAAGGCCUGGAAAACGUGAGAGCUUUUUUCUUUCCAGGAGGGGUGGGGAGCAAAAGAUAGGAGGCGAAGGUGAGUUCGGUCCCUAAGUAAUGAAUCCAAAGGACCCAUGAGAAGGGACGAAGGAGCUCCCCCUUUGACAGACACCCAUCUCACCUGCCUGGCUAUGGAGUGUGUGCAGGUUUCACCUGUGCAGCAACAAGGGAAAGCUGCUGAGGGGGACUGUCUGCUGCUGCUCCUGCCCACUCCUGCUGUGCAGAAGGAAGAGGAGACCAUUUUGGGGGGCUCUGACACCUGGGCUGCUUCCCAACGGGACAAUAGCCAAGAUGGUAUGAAGCUUCAAGACACUAAGGAUUUUUUGGAAUGUUCUAAAAGUACAGAGACCCUUCACUCCCAACAUAGCCAUGCUUAUGUCAGAGAUACUGUAGAGCGUUGUAUGGCGUGCUCUUUAAAGGAUGGUCUGAAAGAGACCAAGAGUUGUGAUGGGGCAGAGGAGCGCUUGCCAGCAUUGGAGACUGUGAGCCACCCGCUGCAGGAACCCUCAUUGGUGAAUGAAGUGGCUGAUGGUAACACCUUUUUGGUUGGAGAACCUCUUGCAACUACUCAAGAAUGCCUUAGGGACAAUGAACAGUCUGCUGAGCAGAACAACCAUUUGCACAACAAGGCUGAUUCCCCUUCUCAGAACAGCUUGGAAGCAGCAAGUGGAGACACUCCAGCAGAUGAACUGUUAAGCCAGGAUUCUCCACCUGUCGAUGAUGGGAAGCUCAAGCCUGGGGCAAAGCGUGUCACUUUCCCUUCUGAUGAAGACAUCGUGUCUGGUGCGGUUGAGCCUAAAGACCCUUGGCGGCAUGCUCAGAAUGUGACCGUGGAAGAAAUUCUCACCGCCUACAAGCAGGCCUGUCAAAAGUUAAAUUGCAAACAGAUACCCAAACUACUGAAGCAGAUCCAGGAAUUUAAAGAUCUAACCCCCAGGAUAGAGUGCUUGGAUCUAAAAGGUGAGAAAUUAGACUACAAGGCUUGUGAGGCUCUGGAAGAGAUUUUCAAGCGCCUCCAAUUCAAAAUUGUGGAUUUGGAGCAAACCAGCCUUGAUGAAGAUGGUGCCUCAGCACUGUUCGAUAUGAUUGAAUACUAUGAGUCAGCCACACACCUCAACAUCUCCUUUAACAAACACAUUGGCACCCGGGGCUGGCAGGCAGCUGCACACAUGAUGAGGAAGACAAACUGCCUCCAGUACGUGGAUGCCCGCAACACGCCUCUACUGGAUCACUCGGCCCCCUUUGUGGCCCGCGCCUUGCGCAUCAGCAACAGCCUGAUUGUCUUACACCUGGAGAAUGCUAGCCUGUCUGGUCGCCCCCUCAUGUUACUGGCAACGGCUCUGAAAAUGAACAUGAACUUGCGGGAACUUUACCUGGCUGAUAAUAAACUGAACAGCCUCCAAGACUCGGCGCAGCUCGGCAACCUCUUGAAGUUCAACUGCUACAUACAGAUCCUGGAUCUCAGGAACAACCAUGUUCUGGACUCAGGAUUGGCCUAUAUCUGUGAAGGGCUGAAAGAGCAGCGGAAAGGCCUCGUCACGCUGGUGCUGUGGAAUAAUCAGCUGACUCACACCGGCAUGGCCUAUAUGGGGAUGACCCUGCCUCACACCCAGAGUCUUGAGACCCUGAAUUUGGGACAUAACCCGAUUGGCAACGAAGGGGUCCGCAACUUGAAGAACGGGCUCAUCAGCAACCGCUCGGUGCUGCGGUUGGGCUUGGCUUCGACCAAACUGACUUGUGAAGGUGCUGUGGCUGUGGCGGAAUUCAUUGCAGAGAGUCCUCGCCUGCUCCGGCUGGACCUGCGAGAAAAUGAGAUCAAGACGGGGGGACUGAUGGCCUUGUCCUUGGCUCUGAAGGUCAAUCAUUCUUUACUCAGGCUGGACCUCGACCGUGAGCCCAAAAAGGAAUCGGUGAAGAGUUUUCUUGAGACGCAGAAAGCCCUCCUGACGGAGAUCCAGAACGGCUGCAAGCGCAACUUUGUUCUGGCCAAAGAGAAGGAAGAGAAGGAGCAGAAGCUCCAGCAGUCGGCCUCCAUGCCUGAAAUCACAGUCACAGGACCCCUGGAGGAGGAGCCGCUGGCGGGUGACGGGCAGAACGGCGAUGUGGCACCCAGUCCGGAGGAAGCGGAGGAGGUUGGGGAAGCCCUGAUGUCCCACGAGAAUGGAGCAGCGGAGAAGAGGGUGGCGGGUGGCAGCGGCCAUCUGUCCGAUUCUGAUUCAGACACCGAGGAGGAGGAGGAGGAGGAGGAGAGGUUGAAGAACUUCUCUCCAUCAGAACAGCACAGCAAGCCCAACCACACUGAAGGAGCCCCUGGGGUGGGUUCCCUUGAGAAGAGUGGGAACCCCCUUGGAGCUGAAGAGAAGGCUUCCCCCUCGAAAGCUACCGAAGAAAUAAAAUGUGAAUCUCGAGCAGGAGCCACAAGCAGGGCGCCAACACAGAUCAAUUCUCCUGGAAAUGAGAAGCGGAUAUCGGUUUCCAGUCCUGGGCGAGGCCAUAAAAUCUUCGUGGUGACGCGAGUGGAGAGCCUGCCAGAGAAGGAGGGGACGAGGGGAGCCCAGCAGAACGCUGGCCCUGCGGCUCUGUCUGUGCCUCCGUCGAAGCAGGCAGACUCUUUGCCCCCAGAUCAGCCCGUAAAGACUGAACGCUCAAAACAAGAGGCCAGGGAGGCCGUGGCUGAGCCGACAGCCAGCUUGGAAAGCUCUCGCCCCACGCCAAGUACCCAUACGGGCACAGAAAAAAUGAACCCUGGGUCACGCGAGGCCACUGUCCACCUUGCUCUGCUUCCUAAUGGGGUGAAGACGGAGUUUCUUCAUGUGCUGCCAGACACACCUUUAGGAUAUGAGGGGAAAAUUGCCAGCUGUGCUGUGGAGCAUGAGCUGAGCUGUUCCAAGAACGAGAAGGAGUUGGAGGAGUUGCUCCUGGAUGCAAGCCUAGAGAUGGGACAGGAACCAAUGUGACACUUUAGUCCUGGGCUGUUGCUGAUCAGAUGGAUUGCAUUUGGGAAGCACCUGUCUAGCUUUACUCCCUGCCUCCACCGUGUGAUCCCAAAGAAACAAAGUGGAUGCUGAGAUACCAGGGCAAUUGGAUGCCUUGUCCCUUCCCAAAGAGCUUUGUUUCCAGAUGCAGCCACUCCCCCCCCCCCCGCAUUUUUUUUUGGCAUUCUUGACGUCUUCCUCUGAGAAGAGAGGCACUGUCUUAGCAGGAGCGAUCCAGGCAACCGGCAAAGGGAGAUCUCAGUCUGGAGAAGAGCUUCCAUACUUGAGUCACAGGAUGAACUCUUGAGUCUGGACUGCUUCUGUUUCUCCCUCUGGAACACUAGCCAAGGGCACUUGCAAUUUUUUUCUCCCCCUUCCUUUCUAGAAUGGCCCCGGCAGGUCAACUCUGCGAGGAGAUUUAACUUGUAGGCUCUGGAUGUAACGGGCUGCGAUUUUCUGCUCAAAGGGGGGACUUUUAAAAAAACCAAGCAAAACCCUGAGGACCCCUCAAAGGCCCGCCUUUUGGCUUCUUGUGCAGCGCAGAGGUGACCAGUCCCGGUGGGUUGCGCUUUCAAAGAAGGCUGAGGAGGGAGAGGUGACAACACUGAGUCAAGGUGGCAAACUUGUCAUGUCAGAGCCCCACGCUGGAAAAAAACAUUUUCUUGCCUAAGCAAGACUAUUCAGGCUGUUAAUUCACAGCACAGACUACUAUUUAUUUUUAUUUUUAUGCAUAUAUAUAUAUAUAUAUAUAUAUAUAUAUAUGAAUAUGAAUAUAUAAAUUCAUAUAUCUAUAUAUAUACACACACACACACACACACACACACACAUCCAUCUCUUUUUCUCCUUCCUUUGUUGUGUCUCCACGUUUGUUCUAUUUUUUUUGUUUGGUGUCUAUUUAUAGAGGAACGGGAACACUCUUCCCUUUAAUCUGCAUCUCUUUCGGAGGGACUCAGCUGCCUCUCUGCUCUUGCCAUUUGUUAGAAGAAGAAGAAAUCCCUUAGGGGGGCUGUCAUCUGGGGCCACACGGAGCAUUUGCCACCAGCUGAGGACAUGUUGUGCAUGGGGGGCGGAUUCCUCUCCCUCCAUUGCCCACAAAUGUGAAUGCUGUUCCACCCACUCUGGCGUCUUCUGUUUAUUGCAAAAAGGACCAGGUUGUUGCAU